GGCACUAAAAUUAUUUGCAGAUUUUAGUUUCCGCAGUUUUCUAACACACAGGAGUGUUGGUUCCAGGGAUUUUUUAUCAUCUUGUCCGCGGCUGAUUGGCCGAACGCCGAAAUGCAGAUCUUCGUGAAAACUCUCACGGGAAAGACCAUCACCCUUGAGGUCGAACCUUCGGAUACCAUUGAGAAUGUGAAAGCGAAAAUCCAGGAUAAAGAAGGUAUUCCGCCGGAUCAGCAGCGUCUGAUAUUCGCUGGCAAGCAGCUGGAAGAUGGCCGGACUCUUUCUGACUACAACAUUCAGAAAGAGUCAACUCUCCACUUGGUCCUUCGCCUGCGCGGUGGUGGUAAGAAAAGGAAGAAGAAGAACUACACUACCCCGAAAAAGAUCAAGCACAAGAGGAAGAAGGUCAAGCUAGCGGUCCUGAAGUUUUACAAGAUCGACGAAAACGGAAAGAUCACUCGUCUGCGCCGGGAAUGCCCGAACGAAGAAUGUGGCGCCGGGACUUUCAUGGCCAAUCAUUUUAACCGACAAUAUUGCGGGAAGUGUUAUUUAACAUACGUGUUUCAAGAAAAGGGUGCUGGUGCUGGGACCAGUAAGGAGAAGUAAAACCAUCUCUCAUGUCGCAUUGUUUUAUUUGUUUUGUAUUUCGGAUGAGCAGAUUCAAAUUAAAACGAUGUGAAUAGUA